AUGAUGCCCAGUCUGCUGCAUACGGAAAAGGCAGGAAGCAGCCUCGGCGAUAGGGAAAGCGCGCCCGAGAUAAGGCGGCCCAAGCUUUCGGGAUCUCUGCCCUACCCUAUCAGCGCAUGGACAUUGUCAAGGCAUCUCACAAUUGACACAGGACUGAUUCUUCCCCUUCGCAGGACCUCUAGUGUUAUGCACACGAUGAAUUACGCAACUUCGGCGCCUGCUGCCACUGCUGGUGGCCAGCAAAACGGACCUAACUGCGGCACAAGCACCACUCCGCUAUGGCGUCGUGACGAGAUGGGCUCGGUCCUGUGCAAUGCGUGUGGCCUCUUCCUCAAGUUGCACGGUCGCCCUCGUCCUAUCAGUCUAAAGACAGACGUUAUCAAGAGCCGUAACCGCGUCAAGACGGCUACCGGCCCCAAGAAGAAGCCCUCGCUCGAGUCGCCCGGCUUCCAUCACGAUGUCAACACUCCCAUGGGUGCAUACCCUCCCCACCGCCGUCACUCGGACCGCAUGUCUGGCGAACACCAACGCUCUCCCUCGCCCUCGUCUCGCAACAACACGCCUGGCAUGGCCUCGCAUCACAAUCCCAACAUUGCUCCUCAGCACGUCUUCGAUAAUGUUUCCUUGUCCGAGUCAUCCUUCCAGCCUGCUGGUCUGCCCACAUUUGCCCUCCGCCAGCCUUCUCCCGCACCAUCAGUCAAUGGAAUGCACCCCGACCACGGCCACCAGUACCACGAGAACAACGGCUCUCUCAAGACCCGCGUGAGCGAGUUGGAAGUAAUCAACGACCUGUUCCGCGGUCGCGUCGCCGAGCUCGAACAGAGUGAACAAGAUGCCCGCACAAGGGAGGCUUCUGCCCGCGAUGCCGCAGACCAAUACAAAGCCGACCUCGACGCUGCCUUGACUCGUGAGGCCGCUCUCAAGAAGAGGGUCGAAGAUCUUGAAGCAGAGGUCGAGUCCUACAAAUCACAAGCAGCACCACCACCCAAGCGUCUCCGUCUGAGCGACGUUGUCCGCGAUGACAGCUCAUCCAACGACUCCAAACCUGCUGUGUCUUCCGAGUCUACGACUGUGACUGCUUGA